AGCCUAUGGAAAUAGACAAAAAAUAUUCUGGUAUCUUAGAGAAAAAAUGGACAUCUGUCAUCAGAUUGCAGAAAAAGGUAAUGGACUUAGAAGCCAAACUUUCGGAAGCAGAGAAAGAAUUCAACCAGGGUGGACCAACCCGUGAUAAAAGAGAUCCGUCAGAAUGGAUUCCUCGACCCCCAGAACGUUAUUCCCUCAGCGGCCAUAGAAGCCCAGUUACGAGGGUUAUAUUUCAUCCCACAUUUAGUGUCAUGGUUUCAGCGAGUGAGGAUGCUACGAUUAGGGUAUGGGACUAUGAGACUGGGGAUUACGAGAGAACUUUAAAAGGUCACACAGACUCUGUGCAAGAUGUUUCGUUUGACCACACUGGCAAAUAUCUAGUAUCAUGUUCAGCUGAUAUGACAAUAAAAUUAUGGGAUUUCCAAGGAUUUGAAUGUGUCAAGACUAUGUAUGGACAUGACCACAAUGUUUCAAGUGUAUCAUUCAUGCCAAGUGGAGAUUUUAUAGUAUCUGCCUCCAGAGAUAAAACCAUCAAAAUGUGGGAGGUUGCCACAGGGUAUUGUGUAAAAACAUUCACUGGCCAUCGAGAGUGGGUACGAAUGGUUCGUGUGAACCAGGAUGGUUCCUUAUUAGCUAGUUGUUCCAAUGACCAAACACUACGUGUGUGGGUAGUAGCCACUAAAGAAUGUAAAGCAGAAUUACGAGAACAUGAACAUGUAGUUGAAUGUCUUGCUUGGGCACCGGAGGUGGGAUUUCCAGCCAUAAAUGAAGCCGCUGGUAUUGAUAAUAAGAAAGGACGGAGUGGACCAUUCUUGGUGUCCGGUUCCCGAGAUAAGACAAUCAAAAUGUGGGACAUCAGUACAGGACUAUGUCUCUUCACACUUGUUGGUCACGAUAACUGGGUUCGAGGACUGGUGUUUCACCCAGGAGGGAAAUUUGUAAUCAGUGCUUCAGACGACAAAACUAUACGAGUAUGGGACAUUAAAAAUAGAAGAAACCAGAAAACGCUAGAUGCACACCAACACUUUGUUACAUCUCUAGACAUGCAUCGGAACUCACCGUAUGUGAUAAGUGGAAGUGUAGAUCAAACCGUCAAAGUUUGGGAGUGUCGUUAACACUACUCAAGAAAUGUUGCAGACACUGUUAUACAUAUACAGGCUUUUGGACAUCACGAAACCAGAUAUUGGUUGGAAAAUUUCCUGUCCACAGUUAUAUAUUUAAUCUAGAGGUUUCAGAAAUAAGUGAUGAUAAAACCAAGACUAUGUGAACAGUUCCUGAUAACCUGUAUAUGUACAAAAAUGUCCUGGAUUUAAGAAAUACCAGUAAACCAUGAAGAAGACAAAAUAUCGGCAAAAUUGAAGGUUGCCGGCCAAUUGAAGAUAUUGAUAGUGUUUAGCGUAGCAUUUUGAGUAUGCUGGCUCUACUUGAUCUUAAAGCUUUGUAGCUAAAUGUUAAAAGUGCUGAUAUUAGAAACACCCGUACCGUGGAAUUACUCCAUUAUGUUCCUGGCUUGAGUUUUUAGAGGUUUUUUUUUUUUGCUUGCCAAUAUGAGAGGCUCGAUGUUUUUUAUUAAUGUAUUCUCAAGUAGUGUGUACUUUGACUCAAAGAGUGUUUGUGAUUUUAGUAAAUGGCAGUCAUCCCCUGUAUCAUGCUUUAUCACAAAUUCCUCGGUAUGCUUGACUUUGUGACGUUGAUGACAAUUUAAAUUAAUGGGUGGCUAGGUUAUCUCUAUUUAAGUGCUAUACAAUGUUAUGAAAUAUUUAUAUGUAGAAAUGAUAUAAAAAUAGAUGCUUGGCCAGUGGAGCUUUUUACACUUUUAAUGGAAUUAUAAAAGUUAAAAUUGCAAGUUUGUAUCACAAAGUGAGCACAUAUUUAAUGAAGAAUGAAGUAGGGGUUUUGAUCCUUUUUUGAAUCCUUUAACGGAUAAUGUCAAUUAGAAACUUCUGUUUGAUUACGUUUUCUUGUGCGAUUUGGCUGUUUCUAUCAGUUACAGACUGUCAUGUAGCUUUCUGUCUCUGAAAUAAUGUAUCUUAAAUGAAAUAAUCCAAUUAAAUGAAACUUAAAAACAAAAUUCAGCUGUGUCCAUGUAGGUACAAAUACAUUUUUAUGAAGUUAGGUAGUUGCAUCAUACAAAACAAGAACGUUUAGAGUGUUGUUUGUGGUUGGACAGAUAUAGUUGUUUCACUUCAUUUUAUGUAAAAUCAGACCAAAGUUCAUAUAAAAGGUGCAUAGUAGUCCGAGUGUGUGUGACUAAAAUGAUCAUGUGAUAUGAAUGAAAUAGAGGUAAUUAUAUGUAAUUUUGCUCUAAUUAGACUUUAUUUUCAGUACUCUGCUUGAUAUAAUUUUGUAUAUUAUAUAGAUUUAGGACAAUUCAAUCAAAUCAUUCAAAACUUAUAAUCCACUGAUCAGUGAGAUAGACAUUACUAUAAUACAUAGAGGAUAUUACAUAAGUAUCUUUUCAUAUUUAUUUUAUUUGACAAGUUUAAUCAAUUCAGUGUUAAAAGAUACAUGUAAUAAUCUUUGUAUCACAUGUUAGUUUUUUCUGCGUAAACAACAGAUUUUUUUCAUUCUUUGCCAGUUGUAGGUGAUAUCGACUCAUGUGUUGUACUUGAAACAGCUUCAGCGCCAAAAUGUUACGACACCGGCGUUGUACCAAAAUUACCUUGACAUGGCUUUAUGUCAAAUGUGUGAUAAACAGUUUUAGGAUGAUUUUUGUACGAAUUAACUUUUGCCUCCUCUUAUUGUUUUUUUAUAUGGAAAAAAAGAGACAUAUAUAUUAUUGUUUUAGCUGUUGGGACGUUGGGUGGUGGGCAUUUAGUGGAAAUUAAACCACAGAUGGACACGAUAGAAAUUCUAGAUUUUUUUCCCCCUUCUGUAUAGUUAUUUAAGAGGAAAGUUACUGAAAGUGCAUAUUAAACAGAAAUUCUUUGAAAAAAAUGUUAUGUUGCCAUGGUAACAGUAAUCUCACAGUCAAGUGCUUUUAACUUAUUAUGCCUUGUUAUGACAUGUAUUGUUAUUUGAACUUAUGUUGAUUGAACAGAUGUGGGUGUUAAAUACGAAGAAAUGUUCAGUGUAUGCUGUGCUACAGUUUUGAAUUGAAAGAAAGUAUUGCAUUUGUAUUGCAUUUUGUACUUCUUGAUAUUAUAUAGCUAGUUUUCAGUGACACCUUAAUAUUAAAGUUUUGGGAUAAUAACACUGUCACUGUAGUAUGUCUGAAAGAUCUUGUGGAAAAGAAACAACAGAACGAUUUGCAUUUUAAAUGAAGCCAUCACCGAAUAAUUUCACAUACAGAAAGAUAUUUCUUUUUCCUUAUGUUAAUUUUGACUUUCAUGCAUCUUGAUAGUUUUUGGAAAAAAUGCUCAUGAUAGGAAGUGUCAAAUGCAAAUGGUUAAUUUGAGGUACUGAUGAAGCGUUUGUGAAUUUCGUAUUGUUAAUGUCUUUGAAGGUGUGUAGGAUUUAGACAGGGGCAUUUCUUUCAGCAUCCGCUAGUGUUUUUGCUCCACGUUCACAGACCUCUGUUCUAGGGUAAACUUGGUCUCAACUUGUAUUACAUGUAGUGUCCUAAAUGUCAAAUAAAGACAUAAAAAUACAUGUUUGUUUUAAGGAAAGCAUCUAAAACAGUAAACUGGCAGUUGAUAAUUGAGAGGUUAAUUUUUUGAAUUAGUGACUGGAGACGAGGAUCAGUUGGUAAAAGUUGAUAAAAUUAGGUACGUAAAAUCAUUUUAUGAAAUCAGCUUUUUGUCAACAAAGAACUUUGAUGCUUGCCAGGACAAACACGUGUCCACUCUAGUAUAGGUAAUUUGUUGACGGUAAGCUUACACUUCAAAACAAGCAAAAAAUAUCUGAAUUGUAAACUGUAGAGGUAUACGUCAUUUUUUGCAAAUGAAAUUUUUUAUAUUGGUAUUCAGUAUUUUCUGUAAUUAAAUUUGAAUUGAUUGUAAGGACAUUCCCAUUUGAUAUUGACUUUUGAGCUGUUGUCUUGUUCUUCUCCACUGAUAUGUGCUAACAGAUUUAACAUGAAAUUGUGUUAAAUAUAUUUCUUCAAAGAAUGAGUCGGAUGUAGUUCUGUGUAGCUAUUUCUGCCUGUUUCAUAUAAUUCAUACUCGUACACCAUUGCUUAUGAUAGCAACUCUCUUACUCUGCAGCUGUGAGAGCAGCAAGAAUUAGAAUCAAUCCAAAAUUAUUGGUGGACAUUGAAAUAUUGGAAUAUUUUGCUUGAGGAAGCUGUUUAGAAGGUGUUAAGGCUAGCCAAGUUAGUGCCAAAACUGUUCUCCCAAGCAAAAGAUAUUCCCCGCUGUACCUACCACCAGUUGUAGGUUCAUUUUCUUACAUAUCGUUACCUACAAAUGAUAAAAAAAAUUUGUAAACUUUAUUUAAGCACUGUUUUCUUUUAAUAGUGUAGGAACACACACACCAUUAAAAAUUAGUUUGUCGCAACAUUAUUUAUAGCAUUCAAGCUCUCCUGAAUUCAAGAUAUAAGACAGUUUUUCCAACAUGGAUGUAAAUGCUAGAAACUCCCAUAUUAUAUAUAUACAAUAAUUCCUGCUGUGUAACUUGAUAGAGCAGGCCAUUAUACCUAUCAAGUUAGUGAGUAAAAGAAUUUCUGUGUAACAGUAAAAACAACAUGUCUAAUGGCAUUAGGUUAUCACCCUUGAUUCAUGUAGUGAAGUUUCAGUUAACUUUGAAGAACAAGUUAGUACUGGUAUAGAGUCUACAAAUGCUGGGGAAGUUCAUUGACCAUCACACAAUCAUGACAGAAAUACUGGUAAAAUGGAGUUAAACCUAUGAAAAAAAAAUCUGCUUUGAAUAAUGUUAAGAUAGAUUUUGUUAUGGUAUAGUGCAAUGAUAAAAAGGAAAUAUUUACUGUCUCAACUUUUGUUGAAAGUUUUUCUUUGUAAAAUUUGUUGAAUACUUUUUUUCUGCAAUACUUACAAGAGAUACAGUAGAAUCUGACUAUUUCAUUGCAGCUACUGGUCUUUCUGUUCUCUUCACUUUGAUUACAUUUCCCAAUUUGUAAAGUUAAUAUUUAAAAGUUGUAUUCCUACUUUUUGAUUGCAGCUUAAGUGAGUUGCAUUAUGGGUAAAUAAAGUAUUUCAUUGUCAUACCAUUGUGUAAAUGAAUAGUCACAUGGAGAUCUAUGUCACAGUAAUAUUUGUGCUGUUUGUCUAAGUCAUAGCAUAAAAUGAUUGGUUAAACCAACAUAGAUAUUGGUUAGAACAAAUCAUUUUAUAUUGUGGCAGCCUUUCAGACGCAGAAUAAAUCAUUACUAGUGUGACCAGAGAUCAUACAUGAAGAUAGUGCAUAAUUGAUGUUCAAUUUAUAAGUGAUAUAGACUUUUCCUAGAUGUUAUAGUGUACAUGUUUUUAUUCUCUAUUGUUGCUGGGUGUGUUUUAGCCGUGUAAUUAUUAUAAUUGUUACUAUAUAUAGGUAAUGCUUUCAAUGGAUAUUGCAAGUAAUGGAAGUCCAUAUAUAGCUGUUGUGUGUACAACAACAAUUGUAUAGAUAUACAAGCUGAACUGCUUGUACUGUAAACUUUGUAACAGAUCUGCAUGUGAUAUUCAGAAUUACAAGGCCUCCAGAAGUGAAUUCUGGGAUAUCUGGAACUUUGAAUUAUGGGAUAUGUUGAAGUUAAAUGAAUUCUGGGAUAUCUGGAAGUAUGAAUUAUGGGUAAUUUUGAAGUCUCAAGAAAUUGGGGGGAAUAAUGUAACCAGAAGUUUGAAGAAAAAUGUUGACUAGAAUUUAUUUUGUGUUGGGUAUGUAAUAAUAUGUAAGUGUAUGUUUUAUGUCUGGUGUGUAAUCGUCACACAUGUUUGACAGAAUUGACAAACUAGUUUGAAAGCAAACUAUAUUUCUGUGAUAUUAAGAUUGAAUGUUUAAGGUAUAAUAUUGUUGGUUGAAAGCUGGUCAAAAAUACCCAAGUUAAUGUACAUACGAUUGAAGGAAUUUGGUCAUUUUAAUAUGUAUGCAGAAUUUAUGUUGUAUUAAAUGCCUUUCAAAUAUAUAUAGACAGAAUCUCUAGACAGAUUAUAGGAGCUUUCAAAUUGUUUGAUGUUAUGUUAGACAUACUCCUGUUGCAUUUAUUGACACUUAUUUUGCAUCCGUCCAUAUUAAUAUUCAAUUAAGCGUAAUAGAUACAAGUUUGUUUUUAAAAAUAUUGAUUUUUAUUGAUAAUGGAUAAACUAUUGGAAUAUGCCAAGCAUGUAAUUACAUUUAUGACUAUAUGUUUCAUUUUGAUGCGAAUUACCCAUGUGCAAUAUAUUUAUUUAUUGAAAUUAAUAUUUUCUUCUCAAGGCAUUAAGUUUGUGUUACCAGUAUUCAUCCAUCUUCAUGUUUUGUUUCUAAUAAAAAUUUUAAUUUGCUGGUCAGAUUGAAAGUUUGUGAAGAAAGUUGCUCAAUUGAUGUAUAACAAAUCGAUCAGAGCUUGUUCUGGAAAAUAUGAAAGUGAACGACACUUGGGGAAAAUGCGGGUUAUACCAAAGAAUAUUUUCAUUGUCUUUCAGUUAUAGCAUAAGCUUACAUGACUGCCAUAUGAAUUAGAAAGCACAAUUUUUCUGUAUUUGUUACCGAGGCAGCAUAAAAGAACACAGUCUGUGAUACUUGCAGUUAUUAAUCCAAAAAAUGAGUCAUUUGAUAGUCUCCUCCACUGUUUAUAAAACAGACAAACAGUGGUAGUAAAUCAGCCUUUACUCAAAACGACCAACAUUCUUGUGAUUUUGUUCUCGAGCGUUAUAAAAUCAUCAGUUUAUUUUUUAUUUUUAUGAUAUCUGCACUUGAGGGUAUUUAACUCAAAGUGUUCAUAUUUUCAUACUUGUACAUAAAAGAACAACAACAUCUAACUGUGGCCUAAUAUCUGCAUUGGUUGUGUAUAGAACAAUUCUUGCCUUUAUAAAUGGUAAAGUAUUGCAUUUAUAUUUGUCUAAGUCUGUGUGUAGGACAUGUACCAAGUCCUAUAUGUAAUCAGUUGAAAUAUACCUCAAAUGGACACAAUGUAAAAUAUGUUCAGUAUUUGCUACAGUGUGUGACAUACAUCACUCAUGACAUUCACCAGCACUUUCCCUGGAUCAAAAAGUAUUAUUUUAAUCUCUUUUGGUGCUAAAAUAAAUUUUAAAAAAUGCUUUUACAUUGCUUUUUUUAAAAAUGAUUUUAGCACCAACAAGAAGUUACUUACUUUUUGCUCCAGAUGUAUUACAUUAAAUUUGUUGCCUCAGUGCAAAACUGUGGUAUCUGAUUCUUUCUUUUUAUACAGUUGCAAUAGUUUUGCCUUGUGGUGACAACAUUUUGUCUACAAAAUGCUUCUAUUAGCUAGUUGAAUUUUGUGUAUUUAUGUAAUCAUUCAUUUUUCAGACACGAAGGAGAAUUUACUCUUGUGCAAUACAUUACAUAUCUAGGCGUAUUGCACGGAAUGUAACUGUAAACAUUGUUAAAGUCUCGUUUCUUUCAUGCCAUGAUGACAAAAAUUGAUCUUGGAUAACUUGCACGUCUUGUUUUCUGUUUAUAAAAUGUACACAUAUACAAGAUAUUCUGUUGUGUGCCAAAGUUAUUUUUUUAAAGAGAAAUAAUUGCUUUGAUAUUGUAACUUAGUUAUUGAUAGACACACUUCAUAGAUAAAUUGAUUUCAGGUCUGUUGUCUAACUUUAGUCAUUAUUACCAAAAAAAUAAUUUCCAAAAUAAUUCCAGACCAUGUAUUGAAAUAAGCGAGAGUUUGACCAAAGCGUUGUUUUGCCAUUGGAAUUUGAGCUUUUAUCUUAGUCCAUAAAUAAAAUGAAAUACUUUAAUAUGUUAUUACUUUACAAUAGCUGAAUUUUCCAUGAAGGGUAGCUAAGAAAUCUCAUGGUGGAUAAGGCGUUUACUGGGAAAUACAGCUAUAGUAAGGUAAUUGAUAAAUGAGCCAUGCCAUGGGAAAACCAACAUAGUCGGUAUGCGACCAGCAUGGAUCCAGACCAGCCUGCGCAUCCGUGCAGUCUGGUCAGGAUCCAUGCUGUUCGCUAAUAGUUUCUCCAAUUCCAAUAGGCUUUAAUAAUGUUCGCUAAUAGUUUCUCCAAUUCCAAUAGGCGGAUGCGCAGGCUGGUCUGGAUCCAUGCUGGUCGCAUACCCACUAUGUUGGUUUUCCCAUGGCAAGGCUCAAAUGAUUCUAAUUGUUGAUUAUUGUUUGUAUGAUAUAUAUCUUGUUUUCUAUAUAUUACAUUAUGUAAUUUAUUAUUUUUUUGCGUCUUAUAUGUCCACCUUUAAGCUAACUCUGUAUGCACUCAAGAUAUUUGUGAUUAUAGAGUGAUAGAUGCGAUGUAUCGUUAGUGCUGAUCGAAAGAAUGCUUUUUGACUUAGAGAUUUUUAAGAGUUUUGUUUACGGCAAGGAAAAAGAAUAUAAUAUGCAACCUGUUUGAUGCUAGUCAGACAAAAUAAUUGCUUUGAUGUAGAGAUAAAUAGUGUAUUUUAUCAGAACUUUGAAGUUUAUAUGAUUGGAAAAGCCCUUCUUUCUGCAGAGCCUAUUUAGGACUUUAUGUUGAUUUCGUUGUCAACAUUCAGUCCUGUUUUGUCCAAAAUAGGUCAGAGAGAGGGGAAUUUUCUCUUCAUUUUUGUCACUGUUUACUUAACAGAAUUGAACCGGAGAGAAAAGCAAGCAAAUGAGCAUAUGGGUGUAUAAAGUAUUUAGACUUGGCGUCUGUUUCAGUAUAAUGACAUGUAUCUUUAGUCAAUAAAUGGCUAUAAAUAAA